UACUAAUAGCAAUGUACAGUACAUUAUCUAAGCAUGAAGAAUUGUUUUUAUUUAAGACGCUUUAAGCAUUUGAAAAUGGUCUUUGGGUUCCUUUACCUUAUCACCUCAACAACACAUCUCAUCGGCCGGGCGGUGGCAGCUGUGCUGCACGUGGCCUGUAAUCCAGCACUUUGGAGGCGUCCAGGGUUGGUGGGUCACCACACAAAUGUUGUGAAACUCCUUUCGCGUGGCCGUCAAGAAAGAACUAAAAAUAAAUUUGAAGAUUCAUCUGAAGAGGAUGUGAAUGAAGUUAAACGAAGCAAGAUGGACAAUUCAUUGGAAAAAAUAGAACUGGCAUUGGAUGCGGAGGUGGCAGAGGACGAGGACGAGGGCGAGGGCGAAUGCACGCUGCCAAAGGACACCAAGCAGAGGCGUCGCUCGAGCUUCGUGCGAGGCCGCAUGCGCCAGUUGCUCGCCCCGCUGCACAGCGACACGUCCGAGCUUUAUAAGACGAUCAGCAUGGACUUGCCUUUGGAGGAGAGGCUGUGCCAUCUGCUGCAGGCGCUUUCCAGAACAUGCCUGCAAAAGCUGAAACUGUCCGAGGCCGACGCCGAGGGCUUUGACUUUGCCGCUUUUGAAGACAAAGCCAUGCAGUGCGUGAGCGAGGCUAUUGGGGCCCUUAAGAAGGAUGGGACGUUUCAGCAAUGCACCGAACAGCCUAAAAGCGUACCUCUCACUCCCAAGUCGGAGAAGAAGAUGUCUGUGGUCUUACGAGACAUAACCAGGCUGACGAGCGAGGAUGCCGCGUGGAAACAGCUCGUCGCAGUGUACCGGGGCCGCGCCGAGGAGACUUCCAGGAGAAAGGAGCAGCUCAGGACGUGUCAGGGCAAGGAGGCGCUGUUGUGUGUGCCACCCCUGUCGGAGGAGGUGGCCGCCUUGCUGGGUCCGGAGAAGCCCGACUACAGCGCGAUUCUCGCUGACCUUCCACGCACCACCGACACUGUGGAAAUUGUGCUCGACCAUCUGCAGGAAGUGGUGAGGCUUGUCACGAGCACGGUCACCGAGACGGAGCGCGUCAUCCAGAAGGAGGAGACGUUGAUGAGGAAUACUUUGUUUGGAAAAGUGGAGGCGUCGUGGGACUUCCUGACUGGAACGGUGGAUCCAGAAAAUCCAUCUCCUGUGAUCACGCUCUUCACCAAGUGAACCCAGAUCACUUACCCCAGAUCACUUUCUGGAAUUUGCUCUUUAUUUGACAAAAAAAAGCAUUAUUGAGGUGCCUGGCAGCUCGGGGGUGGGGCGGUGGUGUGGGGGUGCUAAUGCACGUAUUGUAGAGCGGAAUCAGAGCCGCCUAGAUCCUGCGCUUAAAUUCCACGCUCCCACCUUAGAUUAACGCAGCGGUCACCAAUGACUGCACCAAAUAAAGAACUGCAUAGAACUUCGCCUUCGCACUUUAUUUGGCUUCACCCAACCACCAUGAGGAUGUUUAUCCGUCAGACCCGCGUAGUUAAACCACUCGCUCAUCUCUUCAGCUGAAGAAUGUGCCCUAGAAGUCACGGUAAGUUUGACCUUUUUGAAGGAUGCCAGAAGGCCCUGUGAUAUCACAUCCGGGUACUUCCCCAAUGCGAUGCGAGGCUCCGCUGCGUUCUGGAGGUUUUUGGUACGUCAAAAGACGUUUCUGCCCUGUGCCAACAUAUGCCGUAGCGUGAUUGGGUUAAAUUGGACUUGUAUAACAGUAACAUUUAAUGACAAUGAUACAUUAUUGUUUUAAGUUUGCUGGUGCUUUAAUUCUAUAACAAUCACAAUAUGCCUGUGCCAGCAAAGAUAAGUAUUGGUAGAAAGUGUGUGGAUUUUCUUCCCCGCCCCCCCCCCCCUACUGAGCGGUGGUGGGCUGACCACUAGGCCUGUUGGCGUGGGAUCACCGAUACGAUGUCUGCUGCCGUCCUGCAACAACGGGAGACGUUCACCGACACGUGUUGGCUGUAUAGCGGAUGUUAUUAAAAGUGCCUGUAACAUUGGUAGAAAAAGGUGGCCGUUGUAUAUUGAUAACAAAUCGCACGCAAAUCAACUUAAUUAUUCCAAAUAGUUGUAAGAUUGCACAUUUUUUAAAGCGUUUUUUUUCCUUUGUAUUUUGUAGCAAAACAUGCGUGCAUACGCAUAUACGUCAAGGCCACCAUAACAUUUUAAGACUGCAUUGAAUAUAAAAAAACAUUAAGCGGCUUGCAAAAUAUAAAGACAACACGGCUUGCAAGUUAUGUUUUAUAUAUAUAUCUAUAUUUACAAAAUACUACCGUACACUGGUAAAUGCAUAUUCGAAUUGUCAAGUAAUGUGUGAAGAAAAGAGGUUCGGCUUUGCUUGAAAAUCACUUGAACCGAAUUGGACAACAUUUUCUUCAGAUGUAACUGCUCCAGUCCCUAGAUCUUCCUUCCAAUAGAGAUAAGGGCUCUCAAUGGGCUGUCACCGUGUUAACUAAAGGGCAGCGUGGGUUAAAUUUUUGGCCUAGGAUGACAAAUGGGAGAGUGAAUGAAAUACUUGCUAAUCCAAUUCUAACGGCAAGCGGCAAAGAUACACAUUAGGAAAGACCACUUCUCGUGUGUGCCUUUGUAGAUCACCACCCAUUAUUUUAGGUGACAAUUCUAGUUAGAAGGGCAAUCUCUUUUUUUGCUGCAAAUUCAAUUCUUGCCUCUGCAAUGCAGCAGGAUGACAUUCCGUAGCUGUUUGCAAAUGCGCUUGGCGAUUUAAUGCAGUCACUUCACCGUUUUCAUCACGCAUGUAAUCGUCUUGUAUAGAUGUAUGUUUCUGACCCAUUGGGCCAUUUUUAAUGUUUUUUUUUUUAAUAAACGUUGCUUCUGGUUCACA